AAAUCAGAAAAAAUAGAGAGAGAGAGAGAGAGGCAGAGAGAAAAAGAGAGAGAGGGUGGGCGUUUGAAGAUUGAAGGGCCACCUCCGUCUCCACCUCAACGCAACUCCUCCAUCGCUCUCACCUUCCCUAUUUUGUGCUUCCCCCAUUUCCCUCGAAAUUAACAAACCCACCAAGGAAGGGGGAAAUAGGAAAAUCCCCAAUCAACACAUUUCCUUCCUUUCUCCCCUUAAUGCCUCCACCUUAGGAUUCUUUUUUUCUUUUUUCUUUUUUCUUUUUUUAUUAAUUCAUUUUUCAGAAAAUGCAACACAACAUCUUCGCCACAAUGCGCAGUAUGAACAUCAUCGACGGUUGCAAGGGUACUCAGGUCUACGCCAUCAACCCCUCCGCCACCACCACCACCGGCUCCGGCAUCGGGGAGAAGCUCCUCCAACAACUCCACGAACACAUGAGAGCCCAGGCCCUCCGGACCAAAUCCAACCGGACCUUCCUUCCUCCCACGUUCACGCCGCCCCCCGAGGUUGUCCUCUCCGACGCCGGCUCCCUCCUCCCCUACGGCCUCCCCAUCACCGACCUCCUCGAGCCCAAAAUUGAUCUCUCCCUCAUGUCGGUUGACUUCGUCGGAACCCUCGCCGCCGUCCACCGCCGCAUCGAGGACCGCCCGCAAUUCGACCGCUCCGAUGCUUUCCUCGAGCAAUGCGCCGUCUUCCGCGGCCUUUCCGACCCCAAGCUCUUCCGCCGCAGCCUCCGCUCCGCCCGCCAGCACGCCGUCGACGUGCACGCCAAGGUCGUGCUCGCCGCCUGGCUGCGCUACGAGCGCCGCGAGGACGAGCUCAUCGGCUCGUCCUCGAUGGACUGCAGCGGGCGCAACCUUGAAUGCCCCCGCGCUACACUGGCUCCAGGUUAUGAGCCGGAGUCAGUGUAUGAUCCCUGCGCGUGCACGCAUGCACGCGCAGGGGAUGAUUAUGAGAUGACAAUAGAGAAUGAUGAGCAAUGCUCCACCUCGUCUGAGGAUGAGGUGGAAGAGGAGGAUGGUGGUGACAUGUCGUUUUGUAUUGGUGAUGAUGAGAUUAGGUGUAAUAGGUUCAAUAUGGCCUCACUUUCGAGGCCUUUUAAGACAAUGUUGUAUGGUGGAUUCAUAGAAUCCCGGAGGGAGAAGAUAAAUUUUUCGCAGAAUUGUUUUUCUGUUGAGGCAGUCAGGGCUGCUGAGGUGUUUAGUAGGAGUAAGAGUUUGAGGCAUUUGGAGCCCAAGGUUGUUUUGGAGUUGCUGUCUUUGGCGAACCGGUUUUGUUGCGAGGAGAUGAAGCAGGCUUGUGAUGCGUAUUUGGCGUCGCUGGUUUGUGACAUGGAGGAUGCCUUGAUGCUUGUUGAGUAUGGACUAGAGGAGACCGCGUACCUGCUGGUGGCUGCUUGCUUGCAGUUGUUUCUCCGGGAGCUCCCCGGUUCAAUGCAGUGUACGAGUGUUGUCAAGAUGUUUUGUAGUCCUGAGGGUAGGGAUAGGCUGGCUCAGGUGGGCCACGCGUCGUUUGUGUUGUAUUAUUUUUUGAGUCAGAUUGCGAUGGAGGAAGAGAUGAGGUCGAACACAACCGUGAUGCUGCUGGAGAGGCUGGUGGAGUGUGCAAAGGAUGGUUGGGAGAAGCAAGUUGCAUUUCACCAAUUGGGUGUUGUUAUGCUUGAGAGAAAAGAAUACAAAGAUGCGCAACAUUGGUUUGAGGCAGCGGUGGAGGCAGGGCAUGUUUAUUCUUUAGUGGGAGUUGCAAGGGCCAAAUAUAAGCGUGGUCACACAUAUUCGGCAUAUAAGUUGAUGAAUUCACUUAUUUCUGAUCAUAAACCAGUUGGCUGGAUGUAUCAGGAAAGGGCUUUGUAUUGUGUUGGGAAGGAGAAAAUGAUGGAUUUGAUGUCUGCAACUGAGUUAGAUCCAACUCUUUCCUUUCCUUAUAAAUUCCGGGCUGUUUCUUACCUGCAGGAGAACAACAUUGAACCUGCCAUUGCAGAAAUCAAUAAGAUAAUCGGUUUCAAGGUUUCUCCUGAUUGCCUUGAAUUGAGAGCUUGGUUCUUGAUUGCCAUGGAGGAUUACGAAGGAGCCCUCAGGGAUGUCCGGGCUAUUUUGACGUUGGAUCCAAAUUAUAUGAUGUUCUAUGGGCAUAUGCAUGGUGAUCACUUGGUAGAACUUCUUCGUCCUGUUGUUCAACAGUGGAGUCAGGCUGAUUGCUGGAUGCAGUUGUAUGACCGAUGGUCCUCUGUUGAUGAUAUUGGUUCUUUAGCUGUUGUACACCAGAUGUUAACAAAUGACCCAGGGAAAAGUCUUUUACGCUUUCGGCAAUCUCUCCUUUUGCUACGGUUGAAUUGUCCAAAGGCUGCCAUGCGUAGUUUGCGGCUGGCUAGAAAUCAUUCAUCUUCUGACCAUGAAAGGCUUGUCUAUGAAGGAUGGAUAUUGUAUGACACUGGUCAUCGUGAAGAAGCAUUAGCGAAGGCUGAGGAAUCUAUAUCUAUUCAAAGAUCAUUUGAAGCUUACUUUCUCAAAGCUUAUGCAUUAGCUGACUCAAAUCUUGAUUCAGAGUCUUCGAAGUAUGUGAUUCAUCUCUUGGAGGAAGCACUUAGAUGCCCUUCAGAUGGUCUUCGGAAAGGACAAGCACUAAAUAAUCUAGGGAGUGUCUAUGUUGACUGUGACAAACUGGACCUUGCUGCUGACUGCUACAUGAAUGCACUCAACAUCAAGCAUACACGAGCACAUCAGGGGUUGGCACGUGUAUAUCAUCUUAAAAACCACCGCAAAGCAGCAUAUGAUGAGAUGACAAAGCUAAUAGAAAAGGCCCGGAGUAAUGCAUCAGCAUAUGAGAAGCGUUCAGAAUAUUGUGACCGUGACAUGGCAAAGAGUGAUCUUAGUAUGGCAUCCCAAUUGGAUCCUCUAAGGACUUAUCCUUAUAGAUAUAGGGCAGCAGUUUUAAUGGAUGAUCAUAAGGAAGCUGAGGCAAUAGCAGAGCUUUCAAGAGCCAUUGAUUUUAAGCCAGAUCUACAACUAUUGCAUCUUCGAGCGGCAUUUUAUGAUUCAAUGGGAGAUUUUGUUUCGGCAAUCCGGGACUGUGAAGCAGCUCUUUGUCUUGAUCCUAGUCAUAUUGAGAUUCUUGAUCUUUGUAGUAAAGCACGGGAGCAAAUAAGAGAAUAGUGACAAUCAGAUAUUUAAAAAAAAAAAUCAUGUUUUCCUAGUGUUCCCGAUGGGGACAAGCCUAUUUUUGCCAACCUGUACUUUUUUUACACAUGAAGGUCCAGUAAUCAUCAAUGUCAUUUAUCUGUUAGAUUUUGUCUCCAGAAACGGCAUGGUCUAUAUCUUUCAGCUGGCCGUGUGGAGAGUGCAACUACACAAGGGAAAAGGAAGAUUAGAAAGGUCAAAUCACUUGGAUUGAAACCAAAGAGGAAGUAGAGGGAGCAGGAUAGCUUGUAAAUAUAUGUAAUGACUUGUGUUUUUGUCUGAGUAUGGUCAAGUAGUACAGAAAACUGCUGCUGCUAUGCUCGAGUAUGCCACACCAGCAAAUUGGUGAUGAGUUACUAGUUAGACAAAACAUGUACAUGAAAACCAAUUUGUUAUAACAUUAUAUUUUUGGCCGAGCAAUUGCCAAUUCACAUUGUGUUAUAACAUUUUCCAC